AUGUUCAACCUUACUUCGGAGCCGGCGGAUGUUGUGGUGGUGGAAGGAGAGAGUGCCACUCUAUCCUGUGGAGCACCUUCUCCAGCCAGGCUCAGCUGGAGGUACAGCUCCUCCGCCCCACCCACCAGAGACCACAGCUUGCCACCAGCUGAUAGUUUUAGGAAACAGUUGACGAACGGCUCAUUGCUAAUAGAAAGAAUGUCUCCAUCACUGGCCGGUCAGUACCAAUGUGUGGCGACCGUAGAUGGUGUGGGUACUAUCGUGUCGAGAGUGGCGACUGUCUUCCUAGCUGAAGUGCCAGAGUUCCUGGAAGGUCCCCGUACCAUGUCAGGCGUGCUCGGCUCGCCGGCCCUCCUACCAUGUUCUCUCAAACUACCGCUGCGUGUGGCUGUGAGAGUUAUUGCCGCAGUCACUGAGAGGAGAGUGUACGGACCAAACAAGAUACAUGCACCACCGCCUGUGUUGAAACUCAAUGUGACAUGGUUAAAGAAUGGUUCUCCCGUACAAGUGGAGGCCGCUCGUCUGUACAGCACCGUCAGCGGAGCUUUGGAGAUUGAUCCUUUGAGGACGCACGACGCCGCUACUUAUAGAUGUGCGGUCAGCCUCGCGCACACCAACAAGCCACCUGUUCUGGGUCCGGAGAUCGAUCUCCGUGUGAACAGCGAGCUGGCGGGAGUAGAGGCCGCGCCCAGGAUACUCACCGCGCCGCAACCAACCACCGUCAUAGAAGGCGCGUCCGUUACAUUCGACUGUGCAGCCACCGGCAACCCUAAACCGGAGAUAGUGUGGCUCAACAACGGCGUCGCUAUAGACUUGAAUGAUCUCGACUCUCGUUUCUACCUUGUGGGCGGGGGCUCUCUUCGUGUCAUUUCGUCCCGGGCGGGUGACGCGGGCGCAUACACCUGCCGCGCUACUAACAGAAUAGACGCUGCCGACCACUCCGCACACCUACACGUAUUGUCACCGCCCCGCGUGUCAGUCCGCGACGGGUCGUUGGUGAGGUCAGUGACCCGCGGUGACGUCACACUGAGAUGCGACGCGCGCGGCCGACCGGCGCCGGUAGUGACGUGGUUGAAGGACGGGGAGCCUCUCACACCGAACAACCACGACAUCAUGGUUGACGGGAGCUCGCUGAGGAUAAGAGGCGUGCUGGAUGUGGAUCAAGGAGUGUUCCAGUGUGUGGCGACCUCGGCGGCUGGCAGCUCUGCCGCGGCGCUCAGACUGAUAGUGGCACCGCACGCCCUCCCUUCCAAACCUCCCCCCACUCCACAAAUCAGUGACUUAUACCCGGACGACUUGGAUUUCAUCGGCGAGACGUCAUCAGCGUUCACGCCGCAGCCUUUAUACGACGAGUUAGAUAACGUAGAUUAUUCCGAAGAUCUGGACUCCUACGACGUGGGGAAGGGAAACGCGAGCAUUGUCUCCGCGCCCGGAGACUUCAAGGCGGUCAUCGUGAAACAUCGCUUCGUGACACUAAGCUGGACCGAGCCUAAACACGCGGUGGAAGAAGUCACGGGAUAUAUUAUACUGUAUAAAGUGAAAGGAAGUGAUCGUGAGCGGCUGUGGUCGGGCGAGGCUCGUCGCCGCGAGGCGGUGCUCGCGUCCCUCGCUCCUCGCACUACGUACACGGCGCGCGCCCUCGCACUCACACGGACUGCUGUCUCCCCGCCUACAGAAACUAUAGAAGUGACGACUCCGGACGAGGAGUUAUCAUAUGGUCCUCCUCUGAACGUGUCGGCGGAGGCGGCGGGCGCUCACUCGCUGCGGGUGUGGUGGGCUCCGCCCGUACCCCUCGGCCCACACGUACCGUCUGAAGUACCGCCCGCCGCUCCCGGGAGAUACGUCAUAUACUAUACAGAGACGGAGUCGGGUCGCGAGCAGAGUCAAUACACGAACUCCACCAGCAUCACAUUGAGCGGUCUGCGCGCGGCCACCAGCUACCGCGUGCGUGUGUCGGUGGGGGGAGGGGGCGCGGGUGACGUCACGGCCGCCACACGGGCCGACGCGCCCUCCGCCCCGCCCACUGACGUCACCGUCAUCCCCGCCACUGAUACGUCGCUGCUAGUCCGCUGGUCGGCCCCGGCGGGUCGCUCUCACCGCGGGGCCUUAACGGGGUACAAGCUGAGGUACCGGACCCCCGGGGCCCGGCGCGCGGACUCACUCACCACGCCCGCUGACACCACGCGCGCGGACCUUACGGGCCUGGAACCAUCUACCACCUACCAGGUCCGCGUGUGUGCUCUGAACGCCAACGGGUCCGGUCCGUUCAGCGAGUGGGUCUCCGCCACCACGCAGCCGAGACGGAGACCCGAGAGCAGCGUGCCCGCCGCGCCGCCCCCGCUCACUACCCGCGCGGGUCGCGACUGGAUCUCCGUGUGGUGGGGCAGCGAGGAGGGGUCCAACACACAGGGGGGAGGGGGGGCGCCCGUCAGGGGGUACUGGCUGGGCUGGGGGCUCGGAGUACCAGACUCACACUCCAGGGAACUGCCUGCGCAUGCGCACUCACAUGUUAUAAGAGACUUGGAAUCCAACUCGGAGUACGUGAUAUCUCUCCGCGCCAGCAACACGCUGGGCCUGGGCCCGGCGGUGUACGCGACCGUCCGCACCGGGCCCAGCGACGGGGACGACGAGCCCGACGAGCCUGACGGGCCCGAGGACGACCUGCCGCCCCUCAUACCGCCCGUUGGACUCAAGGUCAUCAUGCUGAGCGGCACCACUGCGGUCGUUUAUUGGACCGACCCUACGCUACCUAAGGGACAGACGGCUGCAGACGGCCGCCGGUACGCGGUGCGGUGGUCGGGCGGCGGGAGGUCGCGCGUCUACAACGCUUCAGACCUGAACCUCAUGUUGGACGACCUUAAACCUUACACGCACUACGAGUUCGCCGUCAAACUGAUUAAAGGUAGUUUUGAAACUUUCAAUAUGUUCUCAAUAGUCGAUGGUCGUGAGUCUCCCUGGUCGAUGCUGGCUAGUAACACGUCCCUUGAAGCAGCCCCGGGCUCCGCCCCCCGCGAGCUGCGCGUGUCCCCCGCAGCCCCCGCCUCUCGAGCCGCUGACUUGACGUGGAGCCCACCAGCUAAACCCAAUGGAGUUAUCACAGGCUACGUGAUAAUGUACGGCGUGUCUCGCGGGUCGGGCGCGGCCGAGGAGUGGUCGGCCCUGGCGGCCCCCGGGGAGCGAGGCCGGGCGCGCGUGGACCGGCUGCGGGCCCGCACCACGUACAGCUUCAAGAUACAGGCCCGGAACAGCAGGGGACUGGGGCCUUUCAGUCCCUCCGUCACUUACACUACCGGGAUUGAGAGCGGUGAAGGCUCGGGUCUAGCGAGCGCCACGUCCGCGUGGUUGUGGGCCAGUGCGGGCGGCGCCUGUGCUGUGCUAGCUCUCGCCGCGGCUCUCGCGCUGUCUCUCUGCUGCAGGAGAAACACGCCGCCAAUGUCGCCCGACACCAGCACGUACCAGAAGUCGUCCGCGUCGGCCGGCAUCAAGCCUCCAGACUUAUGGAUCCAUCACGACCAGAUGGAGCUCAAACACAUGGACAAGAGCUUACACAGCUCAGCUAUAUCAGCGGGUAGUGUCGAAGGCAGUGCGUUAGUAUCAUCAACGUUAACAUUAUCCCGCACCCCCCACCCUCAUCCUCAUCCUCAUCCCGCCCUGCCCGCCCUGCCCGCCCCACACCUAGCGGAGUACGAGCCCGCCCGACACCCGCCGCCCAUCACCAGCCUUGAUCGAAGAUACGUACCUACAUACGUCGCCAUGACAGGCGUCGGAGUGGGUGUGGGCGUGGGCUGUACCGGCACCUGCGAGCGACGGAGACAUCUAGCGGAUCAGAGUACGCCCCUGUUGUCGGGUGUAGCGCCGCUGGGGUCGCCACAGUCCUCAAUGACGUCUCAACCACCCGCGCCAUGCGUGUCGGGUCAAUGUCCUCUGGGUACAUGUUCGGCGCCGGGGUCUGAAGUGUAUGCGAGCGCGUCAACCGCGCGGGAGAGAGGACACUACGUGGCUUAUGAACCGUUGGGACACUACACGCACCGUGACUCCGUGAGUACAGAGCCCGCAGCCCCCCCGGGCGGCGCCCCCGGCGGCUCCCUCCAGCGGCGGGGAGGGUGCUCCGCCCUCCACAGCUUCACGAUACCUGACAACGCGUCCGACCACAGCACGCCCUCACACUCCAAGGGUAGUGCCCGCGCGUCCUCUCCGUACAAGGCGAGUGCGUCCUCGUCGCCCGCACACACACACACGCACUCGCUCGCACACACACACGCGCACGCUCUCAACAGACUGCAGCUCGGUGGCGGCGUGUCUCACAGCUCGGACGAGCUGGAGCCGCUGACUCCGUCCAGGUCCAGCGAGCGGCUGCACCGGGAGAUGCAGAACCUGGAGGGACUCAUGAAGGACCUGUCCGCCAUCACGCAGAACCAGUUCCACUGCUAG